AUGCAGUCUCUUGGAAAGAGUUUUCAACGCUCUAAAAAAGCCUCGCAACGCAGCCAGCGCGAAAAGUACCGUGGGCUGCUGGAGGCUGAGCGCAAUGCAGCCAUAUUACAGGAGGAGGAACGUCAGCAGCAGCAGCGACAAAAAGGUGCCCCGUUAAAGUCCAUUUGGGAGACAAGUAAUUUAGAGGAGUUCCUUCUCAUUGCGGAUGCACGCGAAAAGGGGUAUGAGGCGGAACGGGAUAUCCGUGUUGUGGUUGACGGAACCCCACAUGUCGUCACAAAUGACAAGGUACUGCCGAUGAGCAAAGAAAGCGUAGACUGGCUCAAGCUCAGCGAGUUGCUGACAAUACCGCGUCGGCCCAAAUGGGAAUACGGCAUGUCAGCUGAGGCGGUACAGGCGAUGGAGACAUCGGCGUUUUUUGACUGGAGGAGGCUUCUUGCGAAGAUGGAAGAGGAGCACAAAGUUGUCAUGACGCCAUAUGAGAAGAAUCUGGAGGUGUGGCGUCAGUUGUGGCGCGUCGUGGAACGGGCGGAUGUGGUGCUGAUGAUUCUCGACGCCAGGAAUCCACUCGUGUUUCGGUGUGCAGAUUUUGAGGCGUAUGUGCGAAGCAUGUGCAAUGCGGCAGGGAAGUCAAAGGAGAUUAUAUUCCUACUGAACAAGUCUGAUCUUCUCACGGAGAGUCAACGCAGCGAGUGGGCGACGUAUUUCGCGGAGCGUGGGGAGCCGUUUAUUUUUUUUUCCGCCGCUCCUGCCGCAAAGACAAGCCCGGAAACGACCGGAGAGAAGGAUGGGAGCAGGACGGCAACUCAGGAGGGAAAGCAGAACGAGGAAGCGGACGAUGGCGACGAGGAAGAAGACGAGUUUUUGGAUGCUGACGGCCACCAAGUGGAUGAAAGUUGUGUUCCCGAACUUUUGCGGCACCGAAGGGAGAAACGUCGGCACAACAAAAAGUCGCUGCGGGCCCCGGUGGAGGUGGCGAACCCUUAUGAACUCGUCGAGCAGCGACGGGCAGAGAAGGCGCGCCGCAGCCAAGAAAAGCAACAAGCGUCGAGAGUGACGCCGCCGCCGACAGAGAACGAGAAGGCACGUGAUGCGCGGGUGUCGCAGCUGCAGGCGCUGCAUCCAUGGGCCGUCUUGGACCCUGUGCAGCUUCUAGACCGCCUUGCUCUCUGGCGCACCGUUUAUGGAAUAAGGGAUGCGAACACACCGCUUAUGGUUGGCCUUGUUGGGUACCCCAAUGUCGGGAAGUCAUCCACGAUCAACGCGAUUCUCGGCUGUAAGAAGGUGGUGGUCAGCGCGACACCGGGCAAAACCAAACACUUCCAGACACUUGUCAUCCCAAACGAACGUCGUGUCGCUUUGUGUGAUUGCCCGGGUCUUGUGUUCCCGUCGUUUGCGUCGACACGGGAACAGAUGGUCUGUGACGGCAUUCUGCCCAUCGAUACAGCCACCGAUGCCUUGUCCGCUGUCAACGUAUUAUGUCGCCGUAUUCCGCGCGAGGUUCUGCAGAAACAAUUUGGUGUGUCACUGCGGGCUGAGGACGAUGUGGACGAGAGUCAUUCCUUGGUGGAGCACUUCCUCAACGCAUUGGCACGUAGGCGUGGUUACUUGGGGGCACACGACAGGCCAAACAAGUCCCGUGCCGCCCGGGAUGUGCUGAAGCUGUAUGUGGAUGGUGCUCUUUUGUACGUUGAGCCCCCUCCCAACUACGCUCCCUCCAAAGAUGCGGGUGUCGUCGGCUUACCUGCUGCGCAUGUGGAUGGAAAAGACAGUGAUGGGUGGGAAGAUGUUGAAUGCGACAGCCACGAUGAUGGCAUCGACGGUGACGAGUGGGACGAUCUUGACAGUGCGGCGGAGGCCCGGGCCAUUAGCGAGGAGGGCGAUGUGUCGAUGGAUGCUCAUGCCAAUAAAAAUGACGAAGAGGAUGAGGACGUUGACAAGACGGCGUCGCUGAUGUUUUACGCGCGGCCGAGUGGCAUCCGCGGGGUCCUUACCGCGCAGGAGGCGUUCAAUGCAGAGGCCAAUGCGAACCGCAUAAGGACACUGACGAGCGCCGCGCUUCGGCGGAAGAAGCGCACAAACCACCAGCUCGAUCCCGUCAUGGAUACGUUUGUGAACAAUGAUGGUGAAGUGGAACUCAUCAUCGACGACGACGACGGCAUCAUUGAGCUUGUCACGGACAACUCACGACAAAACGCCGAAGGGAAACAACAACAACAAACGCAGCAAAAACGGCGGAGUAAGCGCCAGAUACGCCGUGAACUAAAGCGGUUGGGUGCGGGGCCGGUCAAUCCCACGUCACGCAAGAUGCAAGUUCAGGGCUACUAG